GGUUACCUUCUGCCCCCAAUGGCGGGGCUAUCGCCCAGUCUUUGGAUUACCUCCCCCCCUUCCUACUCGUUGCAAGUCAUGUCUAAGAUGUAUGUGCUUAUGUGCAAUGGUGUUUUUGUUUCUCCUGCUCCCACACUGUACCCCUCUAGGGGCAUAGUCGGGGGGUGGCUUUUUCUUUUUCUCGCCUCUCUUCCCUCAUGUUAUGCUGUCAUCUUUCAUCCACCCUUUCCAAGAUGGCGCCGCGGACGGCGCCUCGGUGUCUUGGUGCGCGAAUCUUGCACCUUCCGCCAAAAAAAGUUCCUCGUUUGUUUGUGAAAACAUUCUUGGCAAUAAACCUGUUUCUGAUUCUGAUUCUGAUUCUGAUCUUUGGGAAUUUUUUAUUCAUUUUUAAUUUAAUUUAUUCGACGGGUUUAUUUUCCUUUUAGAUUAAAAAAAGUAAAGUCUGCUUCCUGGAUUCAGGGAUCUUUAAACAUGUUUAUGAAACAGAAACGUCAACAUGUGACUCGCUUUGAAGAAACCGGCAGGGCAACAACAGUUUAUUGACGUGAGCGAUGUCGUGUUUUUCGAUGAUCUGCUUUUCAAAUUAAAAGUCUCCUGUCUCCGUCGAGAACUGAAGUAUAAGCAACAUUACACAUCUUAUUAAACAUUAUUACUAUAAUGUAUCCGUAUUGUGUUGUCGUUUUAUAUUAGUUUGUAUUAUAGAUGAUUACAUUGUUUCCCUAAUGAAACUUGUGGGUACAUUAGCUUAUAAUAACAACUCUUCUACAGUCAGUGAACUGCAGUGGAAGUUUAAUAAUAACUUUAUUAUUAUUAAUAAUUAUUCUGCAUUAACUACAGUUCACGCAUCGUUUCCCUUGCAGUGAACUGAAGUCAUCUGAAGGCUUUUAUUUUGAAAACGUCCGAAACGAAUCCACCCCGCCGGGCCGUCCGGGCAGGAGAAGCGAGCCCACCCGGGCGGGAGUCCGUCUCCUCCUCUCUCUCUCUCUCUCUCUCCCUCCCCCUCUCUCUCCCUCCUCCUCUCAGUCUCUCUCCGUCUCUCUAGACUUCGGGUCUCUUUCUGGAUUUCAUGAGUUUUGUCUGAACUUUGAGGAUCAAGAUGAAACUUCAGGAGUAGCUUCAGUGAUGGAGUCCUGUACAGGAGGAGGAGGAGGAGGAGGAGGGUGGAGCCUCCGUCAGCUCCUCCCAGUCCUGGUCUGGAUGAGCCUGCAGCGACACGUGCUGGGCUGCAGCUCCACCACCUGUAACGUGGUGCUGACGGAGGCCCAGGGGCACUUCACCUCGCCCUGCUACCCCCACAAAUACCCCAAUUCUCAGGCCUGUAAGUGGACCAUGCAGGCCCCCGCCGGCUUCAUCAUCCAGCUCUCCUUCCUCGACUUUGACCUGGAGGAGGCGCCGGGCUGCAUCUACGACCGGGUGCUGGUGAGCACGGGCAGCCUCGACGUGAAGUUCUGCGGCCCGACGGCCAACGGUCUGACGCUCAACUCCACGGGCAACGUGAUGGAGCUGCAGCUGACCUCCGACUUCAGCGUGCAGAAGAGGGGCUUCAGUGUGAGCUUCCGACACGUUGCCGUGGCCCUGAGGAACCAGAAGGUCUCCCUCCCCAAAGGGAACCGGUUCGUCCAGGUCUCCGAUUCCGUGUCCUUCCCGACGCUCAGUGAGCUGACGCUCUGCUUCGAGGUGGAGCGCAGCGGCCAGCAGCAGAAAGAGUGGCUCUUUAACUACUUGGACCUCGGGGGAACCGAGGCUCUGAGUCUGGGCUCCGAUCGGUCCGGCAUGAAGCUGAUCGUGGGCGGAGUCGUCUGCCCCAUCGACUCCAUCCUCUCCUCCAGCGACUUCAGCUCCUCCAUGAGGCCGUACUGCGUCCUCUGGACCUCCUCCAACGGCCGCGUGGGAGUCUACUUCAAUGGGAACUACUGGGCCAAGACCUGCUCCUCCUCCAGCGGCCACUCGGUGCCCCCUGGUGGACAGUUCCGGUUAGGAGGGCCCCACAGCUUCAAGGGGAACAUCUACAACGUGCGGCUGUGGGACUACGCCAUGACGGCGCCGCAGCUCGCCGCUCUGGGCUGCGGCGCCGUGGGCAACGUCAUCGACUGGGACAACGGCCACUGGAGCGUCCCCGCCGGCUCGGCCCGAACCGACACGGCGCUCAGCUGCAGUGUGUCCCCGCCCAGCAACACCCCGCCCACCACCAGCUGUGCCUCCCCUGGACUGGGCUGCCCAGAGGGCUUGUUCUACCGGGUCUCCUUGGUCCUGGAGGAGGGGGGUCCGGCGCUGACCCCGGCUGAUGUGGAGAAAGCUGUGGCUCUGUGGCUCAACCAAACGUUUCAGAACUGGACCCAUGUGGACUCCAUCAGGUACCCCCACACCCUUCACUCUGAACACACAUCAACAACAACAGAGCUGUUUGUGCUGAGGUCCUGAACACAACACACAGAAAGAGGUUCUGCACAGGGCCCAGAGGUCAAAGGUCACCGGAGCCUUUGGGCCUAAAGCCACAAACGUCUCACAUGAUUAUUUAUGAUGACAAAUAGGAUUAAUGACACUUUAUUAUCAUGGUUAGUGGUCUCCUCCCUCCUUGACAUGUCUCCUCCCUCCUUGACUUCUCUACUGACGUGUCUCCUCUCUCCUUGACGUGUCUCCUCUCUCCUUGCCGUGUGUCCUUGACAU